CGGUCCUCGCUCCCCAGUGGGCAGCGGAAACAUGACCCGCGGGGCUUGGGAGUGGCUCCGUGCCCCCGCCCCCUGGCGCUUAUAAGCUUCAGCCCCGGGGCCACGGCUCGCCGCACCCCAUCUCCCGGCACGGGUCAGCCUGUGAGGACACCAGCUCCUGCUCCCGGGCACUGAUGGCAUCCGAGCCCCUGACAGAGCUGGAGCUGGCCAUUGAGACGGUGGUCACCACCUUCUUCGCCUUCGCGGGGCGGGAAGGCCGCAGGGGCAGCCUCAGCAUCAAUGAGUUUAAGGACCUGGCCACUGAGCAGCUGCCUCAUCUGCUCAAGAAUGUGGGCUCUCUGGAUGAGAAGAUGAAGAGCUUGGAUGUGAAUCAGGACUCGGAGCUCAAGUUCAAUGAAUACUGGAGACUGAUUGGAGAACUGGCCAAGGAAAUCAGGAAAGAGAAGGUUCUGGAAAUCCGGAAGAAGUAAAGCCUGCUGGUUGGGAUGAGGGCAUGCGGGGCGGGG